AAAUAUGGACGAACUUUGUUAAAACCAACUGCCGACGUUUUAUACUGUGUUUAUACUCACAGAAUUACCUAUAUCGCGUGUGCCUGAGCUUUGAUACAUAAAGUAUAAUUAAACGCUUCACAACGUAAUGAAUAUGAGAGUUGUCGGUAGGAAGUAAUAGUCCGCCAUCUUUUUCUGCCAAUAACAAGAAAGAGAGUGGAGCUGUAGUUUAAUUUUAUUGUCUGUUUCCAAUUUAUAAUAAACGUAGACGAUUAUAUUUACCAGGGAUUUGGCUGUAAGAAACAAACAGGGGCCGUUAACCUCGAGGCUUUUAGGAUUAAUAGACUAGCUAUUUGAUUUUGUAACAAUUUUCAUGUUUCCAACAGGUUUAUCUUCCCCUAAUCCCCUACCGCCAGCUCAGGAGGUUAGACCAGCAGCUUCAGAUGGUAAUAACGACAGCAGUAACAAUUCAGCGUCCAAAAAGAGAAAAAUAAACAGCUCCGAGAAGGAAGGCUUUGAUUCAGUUUCUUCAUUUUCCACCAAAAUUUUUAGCAACAUCUCUUCUUCCUCUGGCACUUCCUCUUCGCAUCUCAGUCAGAAGAAGUUGAGGUUCGAGGACUCCGUUGAUUUCAUUGGACUGGAUGUAAAAAUGGCUGAGGAAUCCUCCUCCAGCACGUCGUCUUCAAACAAGACUAAAAACGUUUUCUUGGCUGCUGGUGUAGGGCACCACGCUAACGGACUUACCAAGACUGUUGGUUCCACUACCUUCUCAAAUAACAGCAAACCUGGUGCAGCAAGAAAACUAGUUAUCAAGAACUUCAAAGAAAAGCCGAAAUUGCCAGAGAACUAUACAGACGAGACGUGGCAGAAGUUGAAAGAGGCAGUGGAGGCCAUUCAGAACAGCACCUCAAUCAAGUAUAAUCUCGAAGAACUCUAUCAGGCUGUUGAGAAUCUCUGCUCCCAUAAGAUAUCUGCAAAACUUUAUAAGCAACUGAGGGUGGUGUGUGAAGACCACAUUAAGGCCCAAAUUCAUCAGUUCAGAGAAGAGGCACUAGACAGUGUCCUCUUCUUGAAGAAGAUAGACAAAUGCUGGCAAGAUCACUGCAGACAAAUGAUCAUGAUUAGAAGCAUCUUUUUAUUUUUGGAUCGAACCUAUGUUUUACAAAAUUCAAUGCUGCCAUCUAUCUGGGACAUGGGCCUGGAGUUAUUCAGGUUUUACAUAAUCAGCGACCAGAAGGUGCAGAACAAGACCAUCGACGGGAUCCUGCUGCUCAUCGAGAGGGAGCGGAACGGCGAGGCCAUCGACCGCAGCCUGCUGCGCAGUCUCCUGAGCAUGCUGUCUGACCUGCAGAUUUAUCAGGACUCGUUUGAGCAGCGGUUCCUGGAGGAGACCCACCGUUUGUACGCAGCGGAGGGACAGAGGUUGAUGCAAGAGAGAGAGGUUCCUGAGUAUCUCCAUCAUGUAAACAAGCGCUUGGAAGAAGAAGCUGAUAGGGUGAUCACAUAUUUAGACCAGAGCACACAGAAACCUCUCAUUGCGACUGUGGAAAAGCAGUUGCUAGGUGAACACCUGACGGCCACUCUCCAGAAAGGUUUGAAUCACCUCCUGGAUGAGAAUAGAAUCCAGGACCUGUCUCUGCUGUACCAGCUCUUCAGCAGGGUGCGAGGAGGCGUGCAGGUCCUUCUGCAGCACUGGAUUGAGUACAUCAAGGCCUUCGGAAGCACAAUAGUCAUCAACCCCGAGAAAGACAAAACUAUGGUGCAGGAGCUGCUGGACUUCAAGGAUAAGGUGGAUCACAUCAUUGACAUCUGCUUCCUGAAGAAUGAAAAGUUUGUCAAUGCAAUGAAGGAGGCUUUUGAGACGUUCAUCAACAAAAGGCUGAACAAACCGGCUGAACUCAUCGCCAAACAUGUGGAUUCAAAGUUGAGAGCUGGGAACAAGGAGGCCACAGACGAGGAACUGGAGAAGAUGCUGGACAAAAUCAUGAUCAUAUUCCGGUUCAUUUACGGUAAAGAUGUUUUUGAGGCCUUUUACAAGAAAGAUCUGGCGAAAAGGUUGCUGGUGGGGAAGAGCGCAUCUGUGGAUGCAGAGAAGUCCAUGCUGUCUAAACUAAAACACGAAUGUGGUGCAGCCUUCACCAGCAAACUGGAAGGUAUGUUCAAGGACAUGGAGCUGUCCAAGGACAUAAUGGUGCAGUUUAAACAGCAUAUGCAAUGUCAGAAUAUCCCUGGCAACAUUGAAUUGACUGUGAACAUUCUGACCAUGGGUUACUGGCCAACCUACGUGCCUAUGGAAGUGCAUUUACCUCCAGAGAUGGUGAAACUACAAGAGAUUUUCAAGAGUUUUUAUCUUGGGAAGCACAGUGGGCGGAAACUGCAGUGGCAGUCGACACUGGGGCACUGUGUCUUGAAAGCUGAAUUUAAAGAGGGGAAAAAAGAGCUGCAAGUGUCCCUGUUCCAGACUUUGGUGCUUCUCAUGUUCAACGAAGGAGAGGAAUUCAGCUUGGAGGAAAUUAAACAGGCAACAGGAAUAGAGGACAGUGAGCUGCGACGGACCUUGCAGUCCCUGGCUUGUGGAAAGGCCAGAGUCCUGUCCAAAAUCCCAAAGAGCAAAGAUGUGGAGGACGGCGACAAAUUCUCAUGCAACGAUGACUUCAGACAUAAGCUCUUCAGGAUAAAGAUCAACCAGAUCCAGAUGAAAGAAACAGUGGAGGAACAGGCCAGCACCACAGAACGUGUCUUCCAGGAUCGGCAGUACCAGAUAGAUGCAGCCAUUGUGCGGAUCAUGAAGAUGAGGAAGACUCUGAGCCACAACUUGCUGGUCUCUGAGGUGUAUAACCAGCUGAAAUUCCCAGUCAAGCCUGCUGACCUAAAGAAGAGAAUAGAGUCACUCAUCGACAGGGACUACAUGGAGCGUGAUAAGGAGAAUCCCAAUCAGUACAACUAUGUGGCAUAAACAGAGGGGGUAGAUUCAUACAGACCAUCAACUGCUUCAAGUACUCUGUCAUCCAGGCUCAAAUGGAUGUUACGAUUACCCUAUUAAACCAAGCAUCCGACAACUGAAUGGAUAUGGCCCUUCCAAAUGAGACUGGGUCAGCUGACUGCUUUCCUGUGGACUGCAUGCCCAUUAAAGAGAAUAUUGUCCAUUUUCAAAGUGCUUACAAGAAGCAAAGGCCAUCCUGAACAAGAGCAAGACGAGUCAAACCUGGCCUUUUAAGGAAAAAACAGUAUUUAUUUUGGAACAUAGAUAUUUGUGAUUUGCUAGCUUAUGGCAUUUUUCUCUUUUUUGUUGUUGGUUUUUUUAAGACUUUUAAAAAAAAUCAGUUUAUCCCAUGCAGUAGAUCUUUGACUUUAAUCAUACCCAUUUAACAAAAAUGGAUGAAAAUGGAAAGUUUUAAUACAUUGGACGUUCAUCUGUUUUGCUCCUCAUUGGAUUAGUGUUAUCAGUGGAAUUUCAUGAAAAAAGGUUUUGUGUAAGUCCCUCUACUACGCUUUUUUUACUGUUUGAAAGGAUAAGAUGAACUUAAAUUUAAGUAUCUUCGGCCCAUGAUUCGCAUACACAGAAAAGAUAAUAUGGUUGUUUUUCGGGUUAAGACAUUUUAAUAAUGUGCCAAAAAGACAGCACAUCAUUUGUUUGUAGAAUUUGUUAAUGCUGCUGAACAUUUUCACUUGUAAAUUGUUAUUCAUUCAAAUAUUUGUUUCAGCUCCAGUGCAACUUCUGUUGUCAUUUUGAGUUUUUUUUUUUUUUUUUGUAUAUACAUCUUUUUAUGGAAGGUGGAGAUUGAAAUAGGGAGGAAGACUGCAGGGCCAUCUAACAGUCCAUGUCUGAAAAAUUGGAAUUGUACUGCAAAUUCUGGCUCCUCCUCUUUUGCCCAAGCGCCCUUAAUAGGCUAGAGAUUUAUAUGCUAUCUGAUUCUGUUGUGAUCACAUAGUUUAAUUAAGGAACUCUACGCAACAGUGUAUGUUAGUGAUGGGCAUGAACAGUUCUGGGAUUGAUGGUGUGUAAAAUUAUGCUGACUUCUGUCCAUGUCUGUAUCAUUCAUAAACUUAUUUUUUGUUACUACAGAUUAAACCAGUUUCCAUGUUUUCCCUGUUAUCAUUUAAUAUUUUUAUGUAUUGGUAAGGAAGUUUUUGACAUCUUUCUCAAUGCUACAAUCAAGUGUGAACUGUUUGGGUGGAUAUAAUUUCUGCACUGUCCUGUCAGUCAGUCUACAUUUGAAGGUUUUUUUGUUGUUUUUGUUCGGUUUGUAUUGCUGCAGCAUUUUCAAAAUGAAAAUAUGUUUUGGUGUUUUCAAGGCGCACUUCCCACAAAAAUGGAACACAGCCUAUGAACCCUUAAAUGUUUUAUGAUUGAAAUACAUGCAGAAUUCAGAUAAAUUAAUUUGUGUUAUUAGUUGUUGGCAGAGGCUUUUUUGGUAACAGGAGGGUGGUUUGGGGUCAUUUUAAAAAGUCCACCCAAACAAUACAGGAAAGACAGACAUUUUAAUUUGUGAAAGUGUGAUGUCAUGACAUUGCAGGCCCAUGUGUUCUUCUGUUUUUCCACUGAUCUUAGUGGAAGCGGUGCCAAAAAAAGGGUUUUAACAUGUGGCAUACAUGUGGCUGAUAAGAAUGUGGAAACAAAAUCCUGAAUGUUGUUUGGCAAUACUGACAUCCUCUAGCAGUUUACAAGUUCAGUGCCAAUACCAUAGUUAUCCACUAGACUCCAGUCAGAACCAUUCAUCUCUGUUCUGUUUUGUUUUCCCGUUUGGCCUGUGGAUAUUAAGUUUAAGUUAAGUACAGGUUGGGAAGGCGUAAUUAGGAUACAGAUCUCACUGUCCAGACAUUCAGCUUACCUACUCAGUUACCUACGGUCAUUCCAUGAUUUUCCCUUUUAGAUGACUAUGCCAUCCCAUAUACUCACAAAGACUGCAGAUGAGCAUGCACUAGCUGUUGCACAGCCUGUGAUUCUUUAGCUAAGUUUUUUCUUCUUUCUUUUUAGUCAGAUUCCAUUAUUUGUGUACUAUUUUAAGACUCCAUGUUUCCAAAUUGGAUAUAUAUAUAUUUUACAAAAGGUUCAAAGGAAAUGGGCAUGUUACACAGUCAACAAAUGAAAGUCUGCAAAAGCAAAAUAUAACAUUGGAUAGUCUUUUUAAUACUUCACAACAAAGGUGAUAAGGGUAUGUUAUAUACUGUAUAUAGAUAUUCCCUAGGAGAGAGUGAGUCUGUAUUCUAGUUUGUGUCAUAAAAUAAAUAUUUAAAAAUCAAA